AUGGAUGAAGUGGAAAAAGAAGAUGAAGGAGAUGAAUAUCAAGUGGAAAGUAUUGUUACCCACUUAGAGUAUGUUGAAGCAUUUGAUCUUCGUGGGUACAUCUUAUUCAAUCCGCAAACGGGUCAUGGUACAAGCCAUUCGAAGUACGUCUAUCUGGUUAAAUGGGUGGGAUAUAGUGAUACCGAAAGCACUUGGGAACCGGAGGAAAAUCUUGUGGAUUGUACAGACGUAUUAUCACAAUACAAACAAAAACACGGACUACCUCUUUAUCACGAGACGUUCGAACGCCAAUUCGACUGGAAGGAACCCGCCGCUUCCUUAACUCUGGCAGAGGUUAAUCGCCUUGCUUUUAAAAAUCGUGACUCAAUCAAAUCAGCCUCCCAGUUAGUAAGGGAUCCUCCUACUAGAAAGAAGAAAAAAGAAAAGGAGAACUUAGAAGAAUUUGUGGUGGAUACAGAUGACGAAGAUGAAGAAUACCGUCCAUCCAAGAAGGCUAAAAGUACCAUCACGAAACAACACAAACGUUUAUCGCAGAGUCCUUGCAAGGUAGAAGUAAAACGUGAUAAGGGUCCCAAGCUCUCACUUCAGCAGAAGCCCGCCGAAGAUAUUCCGCAAAAGAAACGAGGUAGAAAGAGGAAACGCUCCCCUACGAAAACAGUCCAGGAGGCAAAGAAAAAAAAGGUUGGCGUCGAAGAACGUUUGGAGGUGAUACGCUAUGUUUUUGAUGGUGCAUCGCGACGAACCAGAUCACCACUGAAGAGAGUUUUAGAUUCACGAAGGUAUUCAUCUGCGGAGCGGCUACCUGAAAGGUGGUUCCAUGCUUUAGAAGAAAACGCCAAAGAAGAAUGCAGGCAAGCGGCACGUGAAAAGCUUGCAAAGAUAAUAACUUCGCGUUUUGCUGCUUCUUCAGAUGAUCUAAACCACCUUAAACAUUUGAUCGUUACCAUGCGCGAAAAGGAUAUAUCAAAAGAAGGAGAACCACGGCAAUAUCGCGUCGUAGGCUCGAGUCUUCUCAAGAAGUUUCUGAAGGAGAACGACAUUUCGUGCAAGCUUCCGUACAUCGAUUUACCAGUUCCUGAACUUGUAAAGAAAGAUGCUAAUGAGAUCACGGACUUCCUGCGGAAAUUGGACGAAAAUAGCAACAAUCGUGAAAUGGACCGUCUUCCUGCGGCCGUUCGUAGAACGGAAUGUUCACUGGCAGAGCUUCGCAAAUAUGCAAAUGAACAGAGCAUUGAAGAUUCUGUUUUAUUUGUCAAACGAGUACGUGAAUUGGACACAAACCUGUCUGAUAACGAUUUGAUGGCAAUCGCUUUGAGUUACUCCGAGCUGUCAUAUAAAAUGACCAUCCGAAUACUAAAAUCUAUAAGCGACGAGCGAAAGAGGUUUGAAGUUAUCAAGGAUCUUGUCCGUAAAGUCCGAAUCUUUGGUAACCCCAGUAUAUCAAGACCAGACGUCAUGGAGAAUUUAUCGACAUCCUUGGAAUUGCAGUUAGUAGGAUCGGAACUCACUAGCGGCAGUUGGCUGGAAGCUGUUUCACAUUGUUCAGCGGCACAUUGGAAAUGCAGGCUUUUAUUUGAACUUAUUUCUAUCAGUCCAUUUCAAGAAGUGUUCACGAAUACGUCCUCUCCCUUCAGUCUGCAGAACUUUCUUUAUUGCAUGCGAUAUGGAGCUCACUGUCAGAAAUUGGCCUUCGUUCAUGGGGGUGUCCCCUAUGAACGUGCUACGAUUGAAUGCGAACUUCUUGGUGUUAGAGUAAGUAGCCCUCAUAUUGCCGCCAUGCAGGGAAAUCCUCGAUAUCUUUUCGAGUUUAUUCGAAGUGGCUUCGAUAUGAAUGCCCUCACCUCGCAUAUAUCACCAGGUAACAUUGAUGCUGAUAUGACCGUCAACGAAUUGCUAGCUAGUCUUCUGAGGAUGCAAAACGAUAACAUUACGGAUAUGAUGUGGUCACCAGCGAGUAAAGGAAGUAGCAAAACAGUCCCCAACCUGACUCCAGAGAACAAGAAGGCCUUUACAAACAUUUGCGGAAUGAUUGCCGAUUGGGAGCAUCAUCUGAGGAGCUUUGUCCGGGAUAGUGUUGAACAGAAGUUGAUAAGUGAUCAGCAAUGUGAAGUGAUGUUUGAUAGAGGAGUCUCGCCAACUCACACAAUUCGUGUGUCUUCCCUAUCAGCAGAGUAUAAUGUGCGGACAAUUCUUUUUGGAAAUGUUCCAACGCCUCUUCUCUCUCGUCUUCUGGGAAUGAUUUCCAAAGGGAAAACAGCAAUGGCGAGUUUUAAAAAAGUGCUCUGUAUUUAUUCGGUGUUAAUUACAUACACACCCGUUAAUGCCAGCUCUUCGGACGGUUCGCCUCUCCCACUUCGUAUACGUCGAAGGGCAUCACCCAGGUGUGCGGUGCAAGAAGCAAGCUUGUACGACGAGGCUCAGAACUACUCUUGUACCCUUAUACCAGACACCUCUUCAGCUUCUGAUUCCGAGUGGUAUUUUGUGCUAGACGUAGAGUCUUUAAGUAAGUUACUUUCGCCAGUUUAG